AUGAUCCUGCCAUGGAUAUCAGGACUUGGGGCUGGAGCAGUCUUACUGCACUUCGUGCAGAAACUCCUGUUCCCUUACUUCUGGAACGACUUCUGGUACUUGCUGAAGGUAGUAUACUGUGGAAUUCGGCUGAAGCUGUACAGCCAGAAAGGGUGGCUGGUCACUGUCCUGGAUAAAUUUCUGAGCCAUGCCAAGAAGCAACCCCGGAAAACUUUAAUCAUCUACGAGGGAGACAUCUUCACCUAUGAGGACGUGGACAAAAGGAGCAACAAAGUAGCCUGUGUCUUCCUGAACUAUUCCACACUGAAAAGGGGGGACGUUGUGGCUCUGCUGAUGAACAAUGAGCCCGACUUUGUCCACAUGUGGUUCGAUCUGGCCAAGCUGGGCUGCGCGGUGGCCUUCCUCAACUCCAACAUUCGCUCCAACACCCUCCUGCACUGCAUCCGCAGCUGUGAGCCUAGGGCCCUCCUGGUGGGCACAGACUUAUUUGGUGAAACCAUAGAAGAAAUCGUUCCCAGCCUCCCAGAAGAUAUCAGUGUUUGGAUGGUAAAAGAUUCUGUUCGAUAAGGCGUAAUUUCACUCACAGAAAAACUGACAACAGCAUCUGACAAACCAGUGCCACACAGCCACCAUGUUGCCUUAAAACUCAAGUCUCCUUAUCUUUAUAUUUUUACCUCUGGAACAACAGGUCUUCCAAAAGCAGCUGUGAUUUCUCAGGUGCAGAGUAUAAGGAGUUCCACUGGACUGUGGGUUUUAGGUUGUACUACUGAUGAUAUCAUUUAUAUAACCCUUCCUCUGUAUCAUAGUUCAGCAUCUCUCCUGGGAAUUUGUGGAUGUAUUGAGUUAGGAGCUACUUUUGUGUUAAAGAAGAAAUUCUCAGCAAGCCAAUUUUUGGAUGACUGCAAAAAGUAUAAUGUGACUGUGUUUCAAUAUAUUGGAGAAAUCUGUCGCUACCUUUCCAAACAACCUAAGAGAGGAGAAAAGGAUCAUCAGGUGCGUUUGGCAGUUGGAAAUGGUGUACGGAAUGAUGUGUGGAGAGAAUUUUUAGACAGAUUUGGAAAUAUUAAGAUGUGUGAGUUCUAUGCAUCUACUGAAGGGAACAUUUGGUUUUUGAAUCACACUGGGAAAAUUGGAGCAGUCGGGAAAACUAAUUUCUUUUUCAAAUAUUUUUCCAAUUUCAAUUUGAUAAAGUAUGAUUCUCAGAAAGAUGAACCCAUUAGAAAUGAACAGGGCUGGUGUAGUCGUGUGAAAAAAGGAGAACCUGGACUUCUCAUUUCUCCAGUGAAUGAAAAGAAUCCCUUCUUUGGUUAUGCUGGGAAUAAGAAGCACACAGAAAAGAAAUUGCUAUAUAAUGUUUUUAAGAAAGGAGAUGUUUACUUUAACACAGGAGAUUUAAUGGUCCAGGAUCAGGAGAAUUUCCUUUAUUUUUGGGAUCGUAUUGGAGACACUUUCAGGUACGAGACAUCAGCAUGGAAAGGGGAAAACACUGCAACCACAGAGGUUGCUGAUGUUAUUGGAAUGUUGGAUUUCAUACAAGACUCAAAUGUCUAUGGUGUGGCUGUACCAGAUUAUGAAGGGAAAGCAGGAAUGGCCUCUAUUAUUUUAAAACCAAAUAAAUCUUUAGACUUGGAAAAAGUUUAUGAACACGUUGUAACACUUCUACCAGCUUAUGCCUGCCCACGAUUUUUAAGAAUUUAGGAAAAGAUGGAAAUGACAGAGACAUUCGAACCAAAGAAGUUCCAGUUGAUGAAAGAAGGAUUUAGUCCAUUGAAAAUUUCUGAUCUACUUUACUUCAUGGACAACUUGAAAAAAGCUUAUGUUCCAUUAACCAAAGAGCUUUAUGAUCAAAUACUGCUACGUGAGAUCAGACUUUAA